AUGCCUGUUGUAGAAGUACCUUCUGAGGUUCGUGAAAAUUUUAAACAUCUAGUUUUAGCAGACAAACAGUUCGACAAACCCACUAAUAUAGACAUGCUGCUGGGCGCAGAGCUAUUCCAUAAAAUUUAUGAUGGCCAACACCUAGAGAUAGGUCCUGGUUUACCAGUCGCUCUACAUAGUGUCUUUGGGUGGGUGCUCACUGGCAAAAUUGAUCACAGCUGUCACCCUCCACCUAUGGUUUCUUCCCUCGUUACUUCCACCCGGCUUUUGAAUGACGUGGUCAAGCGUUUUUGGGAGGUCGAAGAACCACCGAAAACAUUUAUAUCGAACCCCGAAGACGUUAAAUGCGAAGAACUCUACCGUGAGGUUUACGUGACACAAGAGUAG